CGUCCCAGUCAAGGUUCUGAUUUAUUGAGAUUUAAUAAUAAAAAUAAAACUAAUGUGUUUGUAGCGUAUAUUAAUCAGGCUGAAAAAAUUGCUAAGGUGUUUAUUAAUUUUAAACAUAAUAUCGUGUUAUUAUGUUUAAUGUUUAUAGUAAUAACCUUAGGUGACAAUAUAACUCACAAGUCAUCCCAUAUAAAGUUAAAUGUUCUUGUAUCUAACGGAAAUGAAGUCAAGUUAGGAGAACUUAAGCAUCACGUGUUCAUUUUCAAAUUAUAUGAUAAAUGGCGUCUGUUAUACAGAGCUUAUUGUUCUGGGAGUAUAAUUACAAAGGAUAGAGUACUUACAUCAGCACACUGUUUUUACACGAACAGAAAAAAGUUUAAACAUAACUUGAAUUCGCUUAAAGUAGUAGCCGGUGCAUUGCAUACUAAUCUUAAACAUUCUACUUACGAUGACACACAACAAUGGAGGAGAAUAGAUCAUGUGUACUCACAGAAAUAUUACAGGUUUCCAGCGUUCAAUCUUGCUGUUUUGGAAACAAAUAAACCUUGGAUUUUUAAUCAAUUUGUUGAUAUGAUACCGUAUGCGUCCAAAGAUUACGAUUUCAAUGGUGUUUGCACUGCUACAAUCGUCAAGGCUACAAAGAGUUGGUCGGAUAGCAAAUAUUUAUUUACAGAAGAGUUUCGGAUAAUCCCUCGUAAAGACUGCCAGCGGAUUCUUUUGCGUUCCUGCAGACUAUACUAUUGUACAGAUUAUGAUAGCAAUAAACUGACUUAUCAGUCAUCCGAGACAGAAGGUGGCGGGCUUGUCUGUCAUGGUACCGGGGACCCAGAAGAAAAAGAUGAAAAACGAGGGAUCCUGGUUGGUGUGACGUCAUUCAUACAUAUUCGGUUACCUUCUUUGCAUUCCAGAAUCGGUCUUUUCCAUAAAUGGGUCACGGAUGGUGGGGCUAUAAAAUGUAUAGGUAGUAAAAGAAUUUUGAUUGCAUGUCUUUUAAUAUAUUUGUAUUAUAAGUAG